AUGUCGCAAGGGAUCCUUUCUCCACCAGCCGGCUUGCUGUCGGAUGAGGAGGUCGUAGUCUCCCCCAUGUUUGAGUCCACAGCUGCAGAUUUGGGAUCUGUGGUACGCAAGGACCUGCUGUCAGACUGCUCUGUCAUCUCCACCUCCCUGGAAGACAAGCAGCAGGUUCCAUCUGAAGAUAGUACAGAGAAGGUGAAGGUAUACCUGAGGGUCAGGCCCUUGUUAUCUUCAGAGUUAGAACGACAGGAGGAUCAGGGUUGUGUCCGUAUUGAGAAUAUAGAGACCCUUGCCCUACAGGCACCCAAGGACUCUUUUGCCCAGAAGAGCAAUGAGCGAGGAAUUGGACAGGCCACCCACAGAUUCACCUUUUCCCAGAUCUUUGGGCCAGAAGUGGGCCAGGAAUGUUUCUUCAACCUGACUGUGAAGGAGAUGGUCAAGGAUGUACUUAAAGGACAGAACUGGCUCAUCUAUACAUAUGGAGUCACCAACUCAGGGAAAACCCACACAAUUCAAGGUACCAUCAAGGAUGGUGGGAUCCUGCCCCGGUCCCUGGCUCUGAUUUUCAAUAGUCUCCAAGGCCAACUUCAUCCAACACCUGAUCUGAAGCCUGUGCUCUCCAACGAGGUAAUGUGGCUAGACAGCAAGCAGAUCCGGCAGGAGGAAUUGAAGAAACUAGCCCUGCUAAAUGGAGGCCUCCAAGAGGAGGAGCUGUCCACCUCCUUGAAGAAGAAUGUCUACAUUGAAAGUCGGAUGGGUACCAGCAGCAGCUUUGACAGUGGCAUUGCUGGGCUGUCCUCCACCAGUCAGUUUACCAGCAGUAGCCAGCUGGAUGAAACGAGUCACCAAUGGGCACAGCCAGACACUGCCCCAGUAAGUGUCCCUGCAGAUGUUCGCUUCUCCAUCUGGAUCUCCUUCUUUGAGAUCUACAAUGAACUGCUUUAUGACCUGUUAGAACCACAUAGCCAGCAGCGCAAGAGGCAGACACUGCGGCUGUGUGAGGAUCAGAAUGGCAAUCCCUACGUGAAAGAUCUCAAUUGGAUUCACGUUCAGGAUGCUGAGGAGGCCUGGAAACUCCUGAAAGUGGGUCGUAAAAACCAGAGCUUUGCCAGCACCCACCUGAACCAGAACUCCAGCCGCAGUCAUAGCAUCUUCUCAGUCCGGAUCCUGCACCUUCAGGGGGAAGGGGAUAUAAUCCCCAAGAUUAGCGAGUUAUCACUCUGUGAUCUGGCUGGUUCUGAGCGCUGCAAAGAUCAAAAGAGUGGUGAGCGCCUGAAGGAAGCAGGAAACAUUAACACUUCUCUGCACACCUUGGGCCGCUGUAUUACUGCCCUGCGCCAAAACCAGCAGAACCGGUCAAAGCAGAACCUGGUUCCCUUCCGUGACAGCAAGUUGACUCGAGUGUUCCAAGGCUUCUUCACAGGCCGAGGCCGCUCCUGCAUGAUUGUCAAUGUGAAUCCCUGUGCAUCUACCUAUGAUGAGACCCUUCAUGUGGCCAAGUUCUCAGCCAUUACUAGCCAGCUUGUGCAUGCUCCACCUGUGCAACUGGGAUUCCCAUCGCUACAUUCAUUCAUCAAGGAACACAGUCUGCGGGCAUCUCCCAGCUUAGAGACUGGAGCUAAAACAGACCCAUGCCUUGAUGAUGAUAUUGAAAAUGAAGUUGACAUCUCCACAUAUGGCAAGGAGGAGCUUCUACAGGUGGUGGGAGCCAUGAAAGCACUGCUUUUGAAAGAACGGCAGGAAAAGUUGAGGCUGGAGAUGCAGCUCCGUGAUGAAAUUUGCAAUGAGAUGGUGGAGCAGAUGCAACAGCGGGAACAGUGGUGCAGUGAACAUUUGGACACCCAAAAGGAACUACUAGAGGAAAUGUAUGAAGAGAAACUAACGAUCCUCAAGGAAUCACUGACAAGUUUUUACCAAGAAGAACUUCAGGAGCGGGAUGAGAAGAUUGAAGAGCUAGAAGCUCUCUUGAAGGAAGCCAGACAGCAGCCAGUGGCCCAUCAACAAUCAGUGUCAGAACUGUCCCUACGGCGGUCACAAAGGUUGGCGGCUUCUGCCUCCACCCAGCAGCUCCAGGAGAUUAAAGCUAAACUGCAACAAUGCAAAGCAGAGCUAAACUCCACCACUGAAGAGCUGCAGAAAUAUCAGAAAAUGUUAGAACCACCACCCUCAGCCAAGCCCUUCAUCGUUGAUGUGGACAAGAAGUUAGAGGAGGGCCAGAAGAAUAUAAGGCUGCUGCGGACAGAGCUUCAGAAACUUGGUGAGUCUCUCCAGUCAGCAGAAAGAGCCUGUUGCCACAGCACUGGAGCAGGAAAACUUCGCCAAGCCUUGGCCACAUGUGAUGACAUCUUAAUCAAACAGGAUCAGACCCUGGCUGAGCUGCAGAAUAACAUGAUGCUAGUAAAACUGGACCUUCGGAAGAAGGCAGCAUGCAUCGCGGAGCAGUAUCAUACUGUGCUGAAACUCCAAGGCCAGGCUUCUACCAAAAAGCGCCUCGGUGCCAACCAGGAAAACCAGCAACCAAACCAACAGCCCCCAGGGAAGAAACCAUUUCUUCGUAACUUACUGCCCCGAACACCCACCUGCCAAAGCUCAACAGACUACAGCCCUUAUGCCCGGAUCCUGCGCUCACGGUGCUCCCCUUUACUCAAAUCUGGGCCUUUUGGCAAAAAAUACUAA